CCUGGCUUUUGGCCAGGGAGCAACGUAGAUCCCCAGACAAAAGGAAAAGAAACCCCGUUCAUCACCCGAAAAAGAGAAUACGGACGCCGAGGGCAACCAAGAAAGAUGCGUGGAGUGGGCGGCCCACUUCUGUGCAUCGGCGAUCUGCUGAGCGACGUCGCCGACGACGAUGGCGGUGGUGAUGGGGGCGUCCACGAGAGCCUCCCUCCCCCCUCGCCAACGGCGGUUCCUCCCGUUCCUCUCCCACCAUCCGAUCUCCACCAACUUUUCCAGGAAAACUACGAUUGGUUGAUUGAGUCAUUAUCAGGGACUGACCACUCAUGGACAGAUCUAACACUAAAGCUAUGUGCUGCCCUCAAGACAGCAGAUAAAUUGGUUAGUUCUGCCAAUUCAAAUAUUGGAGUAUUACUAGAAAAGGUGGCUGUACUUGAGAGUAUAAUAAAGCGAGGCGAUUCUGCUGUAGCAAAAGCAAAAGAUAUCCAGAAUAUGCAGACAAAUAAGGAAGCAUCUUUUACCACUAGUUUGGAUGACAACGACGUGGGGUCAGGACAGAAGAAGAAGUAACAAACGUUGUCUGGUUUCAUGAGUUGUGAGGUCUUGGCUAGAUACAUAUACUAAAAUUAUGACAUGAGGUAUGUAUUUUGUCAUGUGGCCGUUCUGCUCUAUAUCUUCCAUCCAGAAACCAUUGGGUCAACAAAGUUUCAAACUCAUAUGAACAUUAAAAUGCAUGAUAUGAAAGCAGCCACUACACCUGGAAUGAAACUCCCAUGGGUUGAAGUAA